AUGACAGAUGGGAGAUCAUUCACCCCGGGACUUCCUGGCAAUGUUCCUAGAUUAUUUCUGGACAUCUCGAAAUCGGCGGCGCAGCUUAUUCAGUAUUCGCGGAGUUCACAGAUUCCUUUAACAGAUGAGUGCCCCUCAAUUCAUGUGUUUUGUGCGAAGCUUGAGUAUCUUCUUCUCUUUGGACUCAAACCUGUCGGCGGCAUAUUCAACAAGAAGCCUGCUGUUGAAUACUUUAGUUUCCUCCGACAAGUGACCAAGCAGAGCAAGCAGCUCAUAGAUGGCUUACGAUAUAUUAACCUCAAAAAGUCAUUGCAAACGGACCUCGGCAGGGGACGGGGCCUGUUGCGUUACUACCUCAGCCAAAAUUGUCUUGCAGACCUCCUUCAAACAAUUAUAACGGAUAAAAAAUCGAUCGACGACUUCUUUACCACUGGUGCCUUAAUUCGCCACCCUGGCCUCGUCCAGGUUGUGGAAUGCAUUUAUGCAUUGUACAAUAUUCAAUUUGCAUUUAUUCCCGUUAACCAGAACUGCGACCUCGAUAUCAACUGGCCUAACACGGCAGCGAAGCUUCUUGUCUACGGACCAUCCAGUUCUUCGCCGCCUAUCGAUUCCGUGGUCACCCCGCCGAUAAACUCUUCUGACGAAAAAGUGAAGAAGUGGCUUUCUAGUGGCAUAGGCACGGAAAGCGAAAAGAGUACAGCGAACGGGCGUUCCUUCCGUCACAACGAGAGUCACGACGAAGACGAGACGCUCAACGAUGAUCAAAGAACUCAGGAGUACGAAGAAAAACAAGAAGUCAUGGCGCGUGUUAUAAGCGAGCUAGAGAAUCGAAACGCUGACUUGGAAGAGCAACUCAACAUUUCCAAGUCAGAGAAUCGCAUCAAAAAGCACAAAAGGACUCGUAGAGUAGCGGAACUAAACGACUCGAAUGUUGGAAGCUUGAACUUGAGCCGCAGCUUCCGCCGGAAUCUGCGUUCUUGUUCAACUCCCUACUCCAAUCGCUCUCUUGUGUUCCCGGAACCUGCUCAUCAGCCAAAAUCUUUUGCUGAUGAGCUUCUUGAGCUCGAAGCGCUUGAGGAAAACGUUCACCCAACGAUAGCCGUGCCUUUAUCGCCUAACAACAAGCGAGGCGAAAUCCUCUUCCGAAGUGCGAUCGGCUUGGAAUUCGAAACUAUGUCUAAUUUGUCUGAGGGGUCAGACAAGAAUAGCUCCUCGCGGGUACCUUCAUCGAAGACGUCGCCAGAUAAAGUUUCACUACACUCCGGAAUCGAACCACUUUCCUCAACUACUCAGCACUCCUUCGGCGACCCAAUUAUUUCUGACACUGUAAACAAAAGCCUCGUCGACAGUUACAAAAGUCAACUUGAACGUAGCGAAGAACAAAAAAUAGAAAUGAAAAUAGAGUUCGAAGCUAAGAUCAGGGUGGCUAUUUUGGAUUUGGGGAUUCGCAUUAUCAGCGAAGAAAAAUGUCGCACAGAAGAAGAGUGCUGCCGUUUAAGAGAUGAGAAUGAUGUCUACCGCAAUCGUGUAAAAGAAUUAUCUGAGUUCCACACGCAGCACUCGCCUUCAACUGGCGAAGCGCUCAUUCGAGAGGUGGAACUUUUGGCUGGUCGUGUAGAAACUCUGAAGGGCGAAUUGACUACCGAGAAGUCUAAAAAUGCAGAGCUGGAACUCUCUAUUUCCUAUUUAGCCUCAGAAAAGACAACCAUAGCGACGCAAACUAUUGAAAAAGGUGUAAAUAUUGAUGAAAUGGAAAAGUCGCUUCAAAAGUACAACACUGAGACCUCAGAACUAAGCGAGCGUAUCGCAACCAUCGACGACGAAUACGGCAGGAAGCUUCGCGAAAAGGACCUCGAGAAAGAACAACUUGAGGCGCGCAUCUCAGAGCUAGAAGAAAAAGUGACCUGUCUCGACCUCGAUCUAAAUAUGAAAACUCGACAAUGCAAGGAAGUCCAAGAAGACCUCGCAAAGCACCUUGCAGAAAGUCAAAACCGACCCAGCAUAGAUGAGCUCUCAACAAUUCAAAUAAAAACGGCGCGCAUGUCGCCAGAGUUACCCAAAUCUGCUUGA